AUGUAUGUCGCUAGAACCCUAUACGGUCUCAAGCAGGCACCCCGCGCAUGGUACCACCGCUUCGCGACCUUCAUCAUCUCGACCGGCUUCACGUGCGCGAAGUUCGACACCUCGUUGUUUGUUCUCCUGUGUGAGGCGGGCACGGCCUUCCUCCUACUCUACGUGGAUGACAUUGUGCUCACCACGUCGUCGAGUUGGAUUCUCGACAAGAUCACGGCCUCCCUCCGCUCCGAGUUUGCCAUGACGGACAUGGGCAGUCUCCACUACUUCCUCGGCAUUGCGGUCACCCGCGACUCCUGUGGCAUGCAUCUCUCGCAAGCCAAGUAUGCCGCGGAGAUUCAUUACAAGGUCGGCAUGUCUGCCUGCAAGUCCGCGACGACACCGGUUGACAUGUCACCGAAGCUUGCCGCCACCGCUGGCCCUCCUGUGGCUGAUCCGAUAGAGUAUCGGAGUCUUGCUGGGGCAUUGCAACACCUCACCUUCAUGCGCCCCGAUAUCGCCUACGCUGUUCAGCAGGUCUGCCUCCACAUGCAUGAUCCUCGUGAACAACACCUUGCGGCCAUCAAGCGAAUCUUGCGGUACAUCAAGGGCACGCUCUCUCAUGGCCUCCAGCUCUACUCUACAUUGUCGGAUUCCAUGAUCACCGACGCCGACCGGGCUGGAUGCCCUGACACUCGUCGUUCCACAUCGGGCUUCUGCGUCUUUCUUGAUGAUAACCACGUCUCUUGGUCGUCGAAACGCCAGCAUACGGUGUCUCGUUCUAGUGCCGAAGCUGAAUAUCGAGUUGUGGCCAAUGCCGUUGCUGAGGCCAGCUGGAUUCGGCAGCAUCUCCACGAGCUCCAUCGCCCUUCACCGACCGCCACGAUUGUCUUUUGUGACAACGUCAGCGCCGUCUACAUGUCAACGAACCCUGUCCAGCAUCAGCGCACCAAGUACCACUGGUAG